UGAGAAUCGCCGUCCACGAGCUACUAUUAUUAUUAAUACGAGAAAAAUCAUUUGCAGGAAUGGCGAUGUCUGAAAUUUAAUUGUAGCGAGCUUAAGAAGUUGUCUGUGUUUCAAUGGAGACGGAGAGCCACAACAUUGCUCAACAGCAUUAUUCGUAUUACCAGUACUCUCAAAUAGAAGCAAUCUUGGCUGCAGAGGAGGAAAUACGCCUUGCUGGGAUUCGAACCUGCGACGUGGAUGCAAUUUAUUUGUCAACAAUUUCGGAGCUCAGCGACUCCCUGCAGGUCUCGAGUUCGAGCCCUGCCGGUGGCUGUUUCAAAUCGCCUGAACCUGCUGAAAGCAAAAACGAAGACUGGAUGGAAUGGCUGGCGAAAGAUAUAUGUGAUCAUGAAACGAGCUCAAAUGACUCUGAUUCCACAGAGAGCUCGGAUACGACCGGAUCGGCUCUGUACUGCUCUUCUCCUUCACAGGAUUUAGCGGAGCCGCGGCCAGAUUUAGCGAGCAUCUUGUUCCGUUACGCUAAAUUAGCGGAAUCGCAAAACCAGGGCAAAGCCGCGAAGGCUUUAGCGGAGUUGCAGGUGAUGUUGCCUCCAGUAAGGGUUUGUUCUUCUUCAACGCAGAGACUGGUGAGUUACUUUGCCCGAGGGCUGUGUGGAGAUGUGGAUAUAAUGGAGCCUGGGGAACAGGCGCUGGCCUACCAAGCACUAAAUGAUGCCUGUCCCUAUUUAAACUUUGCACAUUUAACUGCAAAUCAGGCCAUUUUAGAAACCGCCGAGAAGGCGGAGAAAAUUCAUAUUAUUGAUUUCGGAAUCCGCGAGGGCGUGCAGUGGGCGGCGCUUCUACAGGCGUUCUCUUCGAGGCCUCAGGGAAAGCCUCGCAGGAUUAAAAUCUCAGCGCUUCCAAAUUCAGCAGAAUCAGCGUCUUCUUUAUCUUCUACAGGAACAAGGCUCACGGCCUUCGCUUCAAUGCUCGGUCUGGAAUUACAGUUCAAUCCUGUCUUCAAGCCGCUGAGCGAAAUUAAUGAGGAGGAAUCGUUCAUCUUCAAUUUCGAAGAAGAAGAGUGCCUGGCACUGAAUUUCAUGCUUUGCCUCUCUGAGCUACCUGAAACGGCUCUUCUGAAAGCCCUAAAAUUUGCUCGCUCCCUCCGCCCUAAAAUUGUAACGCUCGCAGAGUACGACCUGCGCGGCGGACUUGAGAACGCUUUUCAUUAUUUCUCCGCCAUGUUCGAGUCUUUGGAAGGAAAAUUUUCUGCGGAGCGCGAGAUGGCGGAGAAGCUCUUGUUUACACAAACUAUUACAAAAUUUGUUGCAGAAAAUAACAAUUGUGUGGAAGCUUCAGAGGAAUGGCGUUCAAAGUUCGAAUUGGCAGGGUUUCAGUGCUGUAAUGCGAGCCAGUAUGCGAUCAGCCAGGCCAAAAUUUUGCUGUGGAAUUACAGUGACAAGUUUAGUCUGGUGGAUUCGCGCGGCUGUGUUUCUCUGGCAUGGCAGGAUCGUCAGCUUGUUACAGUCUCCUCUUGGAUUUGCUGAAAAUUUCACAAAAAUUGUACAUAUGUACCAUUAAAAUACCUGUAUUUUGUUGUUAGUGCGACUGGUACUGGGCCACACCAAUUCCAAUUCACUGUACAUAGCGCUGUGGCGUGCAUUCCUGUUCUUGCAGCCUGACAUUUUUUUUUCGUUUUUUUCUUUUGCUGACUUUCAGUCUUUCGAGGGAAUGGAAAUCAUUACUUGGCAAUUCAA